UUUGGACGUUUCUCCAGCAAAAAGCAAAAAAAGAAGAUAAUACGUUUCUCAGAAGGGGACGGAAGAUCGGGAUGGCAAGAAAAUCAAGUGCAGUAAGAAGAAAACCCUCAUUUUUCAAGGCUCUUGUAGGCAACUUCUCUAACCAGCUGCAAAUCCCGCCAGCAUUUCUUGUGCAUUUUGAUGGUGGAAAAGUGCCUCAGAAGUCCCACCUUCGGACCUCGGCUGGAACUUGGCCUGUUAAUGUGAAGAAGGCUGAUGACAAGUUCUUUUUCCAAAAGGGUUGGAAGAAAUUUGUGCAUGACAAUGAUUUAAAGCUUUGUGAAUUUCUAGUCUUUGGAUGUGCUGGAGAUUUGGGAUUCUAUGUUGACAUUUAUGGAAGAAAUGGCGGCAAAAGAGAGUUUGUAACGGCCGAAAGGGACAGACCUCAUGAAGAGGGACAUGGUAAUGUAUUUCACAGAAAGAGCCCAAGACAUCAUGGAAAACAGAAUUUGCCUUCAAUUGAUCCCAUCAAAUAUGAAGCAACCGAUACUGAAUCUGAAACAUCAAUGCAUCCAUUGGCUACAACAAGUACUGGAAAAACUAUUGCUCUUCAGAGAGACAAUAGCUUCAACUCUGAAAAACCUUUUUUCAAGGUUGCAUUAUGGAACUCGUACAUGGAUCGAGGUGUGAUGUGUUUGCCAAAAAACUUUGUCAAGACGCAUCUCACCAGGCACCGAGCUAAUGUUACCCUUCGGGUUUCGGAUGGGAGAACUUGGCCUGUCAAUUUGAUAUUUGAAGGUGAAAGAGGCAAACUCGGUGGUGGUUUCAUGGCAUUUUGCCGAGAUAAUAAUUUAAAAGUUGGUGACAUGUGUGUCUUUGUCUUGAUUAACAAGAUUGAGUUUUUGUUUGAAGCUGGCUUUUACCGCAAGACAGAAGCUGCAAAUUGCACCGUGCCACCAGGCAAAUCACAGCGGAGGAUCAAUUGAAGUCAAGUGAUUAAAAGAGAAGCCUUCAUAGACGAAGCUCUCAUGAUAUGCACCUCCUGCGAAAGAUGGUCGUUGACGCCUACAAAUUUAAAGAAGUCCAAACAUAAGUACUACAAGUUGCCUGUGCAUAUUUUGCCCUCCGUUAUUUUGAUCACAUUUCAACUGACUCUUCUGAAAGAACAUUAUGUUAUGGAUAUCACGGGGUGUAGCGACAUAGUAUUACUAUUCCUUUAAUUUUGAUUUUCAACGUCUUCUUAAACAAUUCAUUUGACUUUGGGCAUCAAUAUGCUAGAUCUCUAUACUUUUU